GUAAUUUAGCUGUGCACAAACAGUGUCUGAGUUUUGAAUAGACUGAUUAUUGGAAAUUCAACAUGGAGCUCAAUAGUAUACUAAGUGGAGAUCAGAUUGAUGUUCUCUCUACUGAGUACUUAGUGUUACUCACUCCUAGUGUCAUUGGAAGUUUUUCUGUCCUGGUGGUUUCCAUGGUGAGAUGGAGGCACCUAAAAGAACAGGUGCACCUCCUGGUGCAGCUGGCCCUGGCAGACCUCCUGGCGGCUCUGAUCCUGAUGUCCACCAGUGUCAUGAACAAAGUGAACGCUGACAACAGUGUAGCCAUCUGCCAAUACAGCCUGCCGCUGUCACUGACAUUCUAUUUCAUAUCAUUUCUGCUUGUGGUGGUUUACGCAUGGAAAUCAAAGAACGCAAUCCAAGGGUGGAGAGCAAGACCCACAGAGGAAGAGGGGGUGCAGAGUCAGUGUAGAAGAAAAAUAGUCGCUAUACCUGUAUAUGCCAUUGUUUGGUUGAUCCCCAUCACAAUGUACUUCGCAUACGUGCUCACUCCCUUCAUAAAAUCUACCUUGCUGAUUCCAGUCACUAACAGAUCAUUGAUCGCCCGUAAUGACACCAAAUACUGCACAAGUUGUAUUUUGUUUUUGCAUGUCUGGAGGGAUUCCUGCUCUGAUGCUGAAAGAAUUCAUGACACUUUCAUCAGAAGUUUUCUCUUCGUCAUUGUGAUAGCAGUGAUGUUGUCUUGCUCUGUCAUUUACUAUAAGGUUGGUAAAUGGUAUGAAGGACAUGAGCAAGAAGGGCUAUUUCCUGUGGAGGGAGAUGGACGCUCAAGAAGGAGAUUCAAAAGAGUGUUUUCUACAACAAGAAAUAUGGUGAUUGUCAUCUUAUUCUGCUGGGCACCAGCUCUUUUGCUCAUUUUACUGUCUACCCCGACGAUCUGGACAAACAUUGAACAACGCAGCUUCUUUGGUAUUUAUAUGAUACAGGCUGCGAGUGUGUCCCUGCAAGGUUUCCUGAACAGUGUGGUUUACGCUUGGGGACGGCCUAACUUCACGGAUGCCGUUCUUGGGGAGAAUACACCCCUGGUGGCACACCAACGCCUGGCCUUCUUUGAAGAAUCACUAGUACCUCAUGUUGAUAGUUGAGUGCUGGGAGACAUUUGUUGUGCUCCGGAAACAACAAACUGGCCUGAGGCAGACUGACCGCAUGCCUGCGCACUUCCUGACUUCAUGUCAAUGUAGACUGAAACAAAAAAUUAUUUCAUUUUGUGGGCCUCGGAUUAAAAGAAAUAGAAGAAAAGAUGAAGGACACACAAAGACUCCCAAAAGAAUAAAAACAACAACAAGUGAUGCAGUGUUUUGUUCUACAGUUGCUGAUUCUUUUAUUUAUUGAACAAAGUCAUUGCGCGUAUGGGAGCAUAUUUUUUAUUAUUAUUAAUGGGGCCAAAAAAGGACUUCUGGAUGAAUUGUAGAAUGGUGUUGUAUUUAUACAUGUGCUAUUAAUGUAAUGUAAUGUACCCCUCGCUACCUCUCAAAUCUUCUGCACAUUUCUGACAGCAAUCGCCGUUUAAGAUCCAGUGACUUCAUUAGGCUCAUCAUUCCAAAGGUCCGUACUGUGUUUGGUCAUAACGCCUUUCAUUUUACUCAAACUAACAGCUCUCACCUCUCUCAACAUGUUCAAACAAAAGCUGCAACAAGUCAUAGUUGACAGCUUUACUUGCCGACCAGCCCUGACUUCUCUCUCUCUCUUCCAUCAUCCAGUAAUCCACGUUUUUUUUUGUACAUAGUGUUUAUUAAUUUACCU